UUCAGUUUUCAUUUUCAUAGAAUUAUAAUGAACAUAUUGUAACAAUUUUAUUAUAUGAGAUAGGUGUAUUUUUUAUUUAAUAUUAAAAUAUUAGUUAUAUUACUAAGCUAAAUUAAGUUGCGACCCAGGCACGACUUUAAUUGAAGCUUUACAGUUCCAAUAAAUAUCAAAAAUGACUGAGCAAGAAAUAGCUCCGCAAAAGUUAUGGAUUGGAAAUUUGGAUAUAAGAUUAACGGAGUUUCAAAUUUUAAAAUUUAUUCAAAAAUGCGGUAAUAUUGAAAAUUUUGAUCUGCCAUAUGUUCGCAAUGGAACCAAUAAGGGUCAACACAGAGGCUUUGCCUUUGUUACAUAUAAAUCCUCUGGAGAUGCAAAGCAUGCUAUGGACACCAUGAAUGGAAAAAUAAUAAUGGGAAGAAGAGUAGUUGUAAAAUUUGCAAAUAAAAUCAAUGAUGAAGACAUAAAUAAUAAGCCAGAUCUAAAAAUUUCUGCCCUAACUGGAGCAUCAUCAAAUUCAAACAGAAUAGGUAGAGAAACUACAAUUCGAGCUAUUGAAUCAAAAUUAAAAUUGAUGGAAAAUCAAUCCCUAGAUGUUUGUGCAACCUUCAACAAACCUGCUGCUGGCGAAACAAGUUUGGUUAAAAAUUAUCAAUAUAAUUUAAAUUCUAAACCAAUCAUAGAAAAACGAAGUAAUUUUGAUCACAAAUAUAGGGGAUAUAGAGAACAUAAACCUUACACGAAAAAAAAAUAAUGAGUAUAAUUUAAUUAUACAAUAUAUAUUAAAAUAUGUUUCAGACUCAAUUUUGUAUUUAAAAUAAAUUAUAU